GCCUAGUCCUCCACGGUAUCUUGUUGAGCCUUUGCGUAUCGUGCUCCGUACAUGGCCUCCGCGGACCCAAUCAGCUCCCGGGCCUGGACCUUACAGGAGCGCGUUCUUUCCAAGCGUUUACUUCUCUUCGGACGAAGCGGGGUGAUGUGGAUGUGCCGAGAGCGCUCCAUCAACCCCGGAGCGGCCCCCGACGCCGGUCCUCCCUAUCAGACUUCUCUUGGACCCAACAUGAAGGAGAAUGAAAGCAGCGAUGAGCAUGACCAAGCCGAAAUUAUGGAUCGGUGGAUGGCUAUCCGCGCCGACUAUAGCGAGAUGGAUCUCACAUACUGCGCUGAUAAAUUGCUCGCCAUAUCCGCCCUCGCAACCGAGGUAGGGCAUCGAACGGGGUGGAAGUACCUUGCGGGGAUGUGGGAGCACAACUUAUUCUCGGAGCUGCAUUGGAGGUCUACCAAGCGCAGUCCCUCGGGUGAGGACCUUAUCCUCAAGCCUGAAAAGGUGAGAAAGGCAGGAUUCAUUGCGCCGAGUUGGAGCUGGGCAAGCAUCGGCCUCGGUGGCAUUGUUGACAGCGAAGGCGAGCGCAGCGAUCGCGAGGCUUUUGACUUGACGAUUCUCGAGUGCCACGUCGAUACUGAUCCAACUUUCCCGUUCGGGCCCGUAACGGGAGGGUUUCUCAAAGUUCAGGCCAGGGCAGUGGAGUUAGCAUGGAGACCUGCGGAGGACACUGAGCCGAUGUGGGAUAUUUCGUUGGUCGAUGAACAGGAUUUGACCAGUGUCGGCACUCCAUAUAUUGUGGGCGACGGGUCACUAGACCCUCUGGACGAGCAUCUCGAUCCCGCUUUGAAGCUCAUCUGUCUUGGAAUGAGCAAGAUCAAGCUCGGUCGGCAGCGGAUCCAGCCUGUUGAAGGGUUGCUCCUGCUCCCUGGCGAGUCAGUUGGUGGCACUUUCCACCGCAUCGGCUUCUUUCGCAUGAACGCGCCCUCGAUCUUUGAUGGGGCGAUGGUGAAAACCUUUAUAAUUGAGUAAUCAUUAAGGUUCA